AUGGUUGGCAGUCUGUUAAGGUUUGGUGCUAGACAUAAUUUACUGACAAGUAUGGAAGUAACCAAUAUAUUGUGGACAAAACAGCCUGCUUUUUGUAAAGUAGAUUUUUCUUACAACCAAAUAUCGAAGAUAACCAAUGAACUGAGGUGGGAGUGCAAAGAGAAUACACAGUUUGGAUAUGGUGGAAAAGUAUACUUUAAUAACAACAAUUUCUCAUUUUUCUUCGAUUUUUCUGAGUUAGGAUUCAAAAGUUCUUUCUAUACGGAAAACUUUUUAGACUAUUACUUUGAUUUUCGGGAAAAUAAAUGGGCAUGCGACCGUAGAAUAUAUCGUUUUGCUCUUAAAGCUACGGCAUUUCUGGAAAAACAGCACAGAACCAUAUAUGACAUAAAGUGUUAUUCCCCACCUGAAUUGAGAAAUGUGUAUCUACCUGAAUUAAUGAAGAAUAAAGCUCUUGACCUUCUGAUAUGUAAUCUAUCAAUUGCCGACAGAUGUCCACCAAAUUGUUGGUGUUUUUACCAGCCUGGUAAAUCAAGGAAUGUUGUGAAUUGUUCCGGGACAGGAAGAACAAAGUUACCGUCUGCUCUGCCGUAUAAAACAGAUCUUAAAGUAGAUUUUUCGAAUAAUCAAAUAUCAAGAAUAGAUAAGGAGAGUAUAAUACUUUCAUACUUUCAAAACAUAACAAGCAUUGAUUUAUCGUACAACAACAUUGAAAUUCUUCCAGACGAACUCUUUUAUAAAUUGAGAAACGUAACAAAGAUCAAUUUUUCAGGGAAUAAAAUGAAGAAAAUUUCACGUGCUCUGCAAGCUCUCAAACCUUGCCAGAUAUAUUUUGGUUAUAUCGUUUUGCAGUGUGAAUGUAAAGAUACCUGGCUUCAACAUUGGCUGCCACCUUCUCAUAGUAAAUGUUACAAUAAUACGAGAAUAUAUUGCAUUUACAACAAUGAAUUGGUUAAUAUUCUUAGCAUGACCAAUGCCGAUCUAGGGUGUGCAUUUUACAGUGAAUAUAUAUUAUGGCUAGCCAUCUCUUUGGCUGUGAUCGCACUUAUUAUUGCUGUUUCGUCAACAAUAGAAUACUACUUCCGGUUCGAAACAUUUAUAAUGACACGGAAAUUGAUUAAAUACUUUAAAGCAACUAAUGUUCCUCUCGAAUUGUAUUGCUAUGAUGUCUAUAUAUCUUGCUGUGAAGAUGAUGAUACUAUACGCCAUUGGUUGACGUCAUCACUUGUUCCUUUCAUUGAAGACGAAAAUAUCCGAGUAUUUCUACCCUUCCGUGAUAGCGAGUUUGGACGAUCGCGAGAAGAAGAAAUCAUUGCAACGAUGUCUAAAAGUCUCAAUUUUGUAAUUAUUCUUAGUGAACAUUAUGACGAUUACUCAGAAACUUGGAUUGAGAAAGAAAGGAAAUAUGCUUGGUUUAACUAUAAGUCGGAUUUAAAUCGAGAAAUAGUGAUUAUUAAUUACGAUAUGCUGAAAUAUAAAGAUAUAACAAAGAAAUAUCUAGGAGCAUUUUUGAAACUUCAUACUUUUAUAGAUUUCUCCAACCACACAAAACGCUUAAAUGUAAAAGUAUACCAUAGCCUUCAACAUGUUCCGAAAACAGUAACAAAGAAGAGUAAAACAUUAAAUGACAUUAACGCUUUCAAAGCUAAUUUCAUCGAACUAGAAACGGCGAUAGAGAGUAAAAGUAAUCAUGACCACCGUGCUAGUAAAUGUUCAACAUCGAAACUUUAUUUGUGUGUACAAGUCUGUACGUUUUUAAACAGAACGAACUUGAUGUAAAUCACGAAUGAGCAGUUUUCAAAUGCUCUAACCGUAUGAAUGUCUUGAAAAUAUUCCAAAUGUGAUACAUUUAAGACAAAGUAACUUGUGUAAACAUAUGGUAUUGCGUAUAGCUAAAAGAGUAAAUAGAUACGACAUAUACAAUUUAUUCAAAUCAUCGGAUAAGAAAUAAGAGCAGUGUUCAUAUAUAAAUCCAUCUCUCUAAAAAAGACAAC